ACUUCUGCUUGACUGUGAAUUCAGUAUUACAGUUUCCAGAUGACUUGUCAUCUGCUGGAAGUACUGCUAGCAUGACAAAAGCAAACAGGCCCAACUGCUACUUUGAAAGUAAGCAUAGGCUUCAGAGAAGACUUAGAGAGAAACAGCUCUUGAGUCAGAACAGGAAGCCUAAAGUGGAAAUUUCAUGUGAGCCUUUAAAAGAAGAUGAGAGAGACAUUGCAGAAGGUGGAGAUGUGGAGGAAAUCCUUAAAUACAUUGAAAAUGAGGAGGAGAAUCAAGACUCAAAAGUAAUGGAUCCAAAGAAAGCCGCAAAGAAAGCUCGUCAGAAGCAGCGCAAGCUGGAGGAGAAGCAGCGAGAAGAUGAGGAACAAUCUCAAUCAACAUUAACCAGCCAUGGAAGUAGUGUUCUCAACCCUAUCUUCCCUUGCCAGGAAUGUGGAAGUAACACAGGGACCAAUACCUACCAUCAUCUUCCUCACCAUCAUCCUGGAGCUGCCCCAUCAAACUGCUUUUAUUACUAUCCUCCAAUACACCCUGCAAUGUACGAUGGGUGUAUACCCCCUUAUCCACAAUAUGGACGAACUGCGCCUUAUUCUUCGUAUGCCUAUCCCUCUGCUCUACCCUCCUCAUGUUACCCAUGGUCUCCUAUGCCUGAGAAUUCCAUGACUCCUUCCAACCCUCUAUAUUCAGAAGCUCAAAUGCAGGAAAAUGCAUCCAGUGAAGAAAGUGUGAACUUUUCGAGUAAGAUUGACUCCCGAUCUAGUGGCAUGGCAGCACUGAUGGAGGGUAUUGCUAAGAGAAGUGGGAAUAACCGGUCUCAAGUUCUCACUAUUCGUCGCCUCAUGCAACCCAAUAAUGCUGAUCCGACUGUUACCAUUUCUGUGAAAGGUGAAAAUCCUGAACAGGAGAAAGUCCUUUUCACUCUUCAAAAUGGUCAAGUGGUUCAUGGAUCAAGUGAUGUCGGUGAUAAUGGAAAGAAAAGGAAGAAGAAAAAGAAGAAGAAAAAACUCCCUACUGAUGGUGCUGUUCUUGGUGAAGAGCAAUUUUCAGAUUUUCCUGUGGAGGAUGAUGCAGGAAAUGCCACUCAAGCAGCAGAGGACAGUGUUAUGGAAUCAUGUACUCCUCAGUCUGUUGAUGAUGCCACUUCAUCCUCAGAUCUCAUUGCAGUUCAGAAUAUGGGACAUGAGGGACAAAUGGAACAGGAGAAAGAUUCCUCUUAUUCCCCAGGCAUCAGUGAGGAUGUGGAGCAGACUUUGAGGCAUUUUUGUGCACCUGUAUCAUCUACAUCAUGGUUCACAUUGGCACAUCUUGUUGAUGAGAAACUAAAACAGGAAGGUGUAGAAGUUCAGCUAAAGGAAACAUUGGAAUUGGGGGCUGAACCAGUGCGUUCUGGAAGAGCAACAGAGUGGAUGCAGUCAUCAGUUGCAUUGGAUAUUUGCUCUGUUCUGGGAAGUGCCUCAAAAGUGGUAAAAAAUUGUUUGGAAGAGAGAUCUAUAUCAACUGCAGUUGCACUCAUGGAAGAGGCUAUUCAGUCCAAAGUCUUGCAUGGAGGGAAGGUGAUUCAAGCUUGGUUACAAAAAGUGGGAGAAUAUGCAAAAGCAUGCAGGUCAUCCUGGAAAGACCUGACUUCUCAUUCUCAGUCAUUAUCUCUCAAGCAGGUCUCAAAGCUAAUUGUGAUCCUAACAACACUUUUGACACACAUUAUGUUUUUGAUGAAAUUAUUCUGCAGUUGUAUGCCUCCUACAUCAAAUGGAGAUGAAAAUGAGGCUCUCCAAUUGUUGGAAAACUUCAGGAGACUUUCUUUAAAACAGGAGCUCAAAGAUGAUCCUGUUAAGAACUGUUUGUGUUGUGAUUGUAAGAGUGACCAUGGUGAUCACACCCAUUCCACAUUGUCACAGUAUACUGAUAAACUCCUCCUUUGUUUUGGGGAGCUAAAUCUUGAUGCUACUGUAGCAUUGCACAGGUUGAAUGAACAUACAAGGGAAUGGAUUGAACAGUUCUCAGGGGAAGAUUUGUUUGAACUUGUUGAAGAUGGACCAUUUGCUGUAACAAUGAGCAUGGAAACUUUAGUGCAAGAUGGGGCAAAUUGCCUUGUUUUUGGCUUUCUUAUGAAGGAAGUUCUCAGACUUGUGAUAUUGGUUGAAAGUCACAUAGAAGAAGAGGACAUGCUUGGAUACAGCCAUGUGCAGACUUGUGAUUCAUCAGUGAUAGAGAAUGGGGAGAAAAAUUUCAUUGAAGACUUACCUCUGGAUACUCAAGAUCCCUUUCUAGCAACUGAGAGUUCCCCAGGAGCAGCAUUGACCCAAUUGACAUCACUCAGUUGCAAUUCACCAGUGUCAGAAAAGAAUUCCACUAGUGGCAUUGGAUGUCCACCUGACAGUACAGACACUUUUGUCUCUACCAACAAAGAGCAAGUAGGAAAAGAGAGAGGUGCCAUGACAUCGUCAGUGUCCAGUGAAAAGGAGACCAAAAAAGAUAGAAAGAAGAAAAGUCAUAAUCAGCCUCAAUUCUCUGAUGAUGAUGUGAUCCAGACAUUUGUGAAAAACUUCAAUAUUUCCCCUGAUAUCACAAUCACCCGUGUUACAAACAAAUCAUCAGUGAGAUUGAAAAAGGAACCCUCACUAGGUUCAUUUGGAUCUCCACCUCCAUUGCAGAAGGAGCCUCCCCACAGUCUUCCACAGCAGUCUCCAUCUAAUGUGAUAGUUGUGGAUACCAAUCAGAGGAAGCCUGGGAUGCCCUUAACUCCCAGUAUGCCAUCAUCCCUCCCAUUCCACAUGCCCCCAAGGAAUGGAACAUCUUCAUUGAUACCACCACCUCUGCCACCGCCACAGUGUGUUCCUUGGUAUCCAGGGAAUAUGUGUCCACCAGUCCCUACUUCACAACACCCAGGCCCACCCAACUUAUCUCCAUAUUGUUUUCCUCAUCAAUCUUCUGCACCUACUUCCACAUCUAUCACUGGGUAUCAUAAUCAUAUGCUGACCUCCAAUCAGUUUCUGCAUAAGCAGUCAUGUGCAGUGAAUGAAGAUAAACAAGCUAAGAGCAAAAAAGAGAAGAAGAAAAUGAAGAAGGGAGCCUCCUCUGAUGAACUUUCUGUGGAUGAGUGCAAGUCAUCUGUUAAGAUCGGAGGAAGUUCAUGUGCUUUGUGUGCUGGGGCUGCAUGUUCAGCUUACAGUAAUAUGUGUCUACCGUGCCAUACUCCUACCAACUGUUCAACAUGCCAAACACCUAUUGAUUACAAGUCAAAUGAUCAGCAAAAUCCAUCUCAUGGAAUGCAGGAGGGACAAAAUAAGAAAAAUGACCAACAAAACAAGAAUCAGUGUAAGAAAAAACCACAGAAACAGAGGUGUAAUGGUGAGAAGGAGAAUUCUGGAGAAGACAAGGGGGCAUCUAAGACUGUAAAAAUCACAAUGAAUGGAUUCGUGAAUGACCAUCAUCCACCCCAUUCACAUUAUCACCACCAUCUCUCUCAUCUUCGUCAACAUUGUCAUCACCCCAUGCCCUGUUGUUACCGGCAAACAGUUCCAAUGCUCAAUGCCAAUGGCAUCUCUGGCCCAAGUCCCAAGAUAUGCUCAAUGCAUGGCUCUAUGAAUCAAGAUCAAGGAGAGGAAUGUGAUGAACACAACCUAUCACCUUCUGGAUCAGAUGAUAGCAAAAACCCAUGUUUUCCUCAAAAAGUAGGUGCUAAGUUUUCAGAACCUAAACCCUCCAAGACAGGAUGUGGUACUGCACCCAUUGAAGCAGGCAAAAACAACAAGGACACUAAUCCAGCAGGAAACAAGAUUAAGAAGACCAGUAAAAAGAAGGGGAAAAGCCAGAUGUCUAAUCAGAGGGGGAAUGGUACAUUUUCUCCUGAUACUGAGAAAGUUAUUGAAGCAUUAUCUGUGUUGGACAAAACGUGCCUCGAUUUUGGGAUCACUGGGACAUGUUCUGAGGGGGGGAAGAAGAAGAAUCGCAAGAAAAAGGGUCGUGGAAGUGAUGACUUGAGUGAGAAUGUGUUUGCCCCAAAGAAUGUGGACUUAGAAGAUGAAACAUUGGAUGAAACAGAAAAGGAACUGGAAGCCUUCAAAAGGUUCUGCUUGAACUCUGUCCCUCUGGAGAGGAAGGAAAAGGUGAAUCUUAACAUUAAAGAUAUCUUUGUGAAGAAGAAAUCAACAUCCCCACCUAGCUAGUCAUUCCUGAGAUCUGAGAUACUGUAGUUCAUACAUAUAUCACAAUAUGCCCUUGGUUCAAUGGAAUCAUCUUUGAAAUUGUUUGCUCAUUAAACAAGGCUGAUAGCUAUUGGCUUGUAAAUUUAUGUUCUAAAUUACAUAUUCUGUCUUCAGUAUGUAGGUUGCAUUUUGUUUGUUGAUCCAUGCUACAGUUGUUCAGCUUUAUCGUGGUAAAUCUUCGUAGUUUAUUUUGUAUGCCUUUUUUCCCUUGGGCUGUUCCUCCCC